ACAGUUCUCCGCUUGCUCUCUCAGUCCGCCCGCCCGUGGACGUGUGUACAAUCUGGUUGGUGGCCUCCUGCGCUGCGAGUAAAAUCAGAAAUUGUGCCUGUUGUUUUCCUGUUUUCAUCUGCGCGGAUCAAGCAAAUCCCCCAGCCCGUGUGUCAUCAUCCAAGUAGGAUCUUCUUCGUUGAGGUUCGGUAGAAAAACAGAUAAAAAAAAAAUGGACGCAGAAAAGUCGAGCAGCAGUUCGUUCGAGGACUUGUCUAACAUCAACGAGCAGGAACGGGCCGAGAUGAACUCCCAGCAGCCAGAACCUUCGGAACCUACUCCAUCGACCUCAAAGGAAGAACCAAAAGAGGAAUACAUGGACAUCCUAGGCAACGGAACGCUCCUAAAGAAGGUCCUCCAAGAAGGCACGGACGAACGGCCCGAGGGUCGCGACAUUGCCGUGAUAAACUUCACCGGAAGGUUAGAGGACGGAACGAUAGUGGAGCAGGAGCAAGGCAUGGUGGUACAGAUUGACGACGUCGAGGUGGUCCAAGGGCUGGACAUGACGCUGAAGCUGAUGAACGUGGGCGAACGGGCCGAGGUCAUCGUCGAUGCGAGGUUCGCGUACGGCGACCAGGGCUACAAAAACGAAGAUCACCCGGAACGGAGCGUGCCCCCGAACGCCAAGAUCACCUACACCGUCGAGCUGGUGUCCUCGAAGGAGGAAAGCGAUCUGGAGUCGAAAACGUACGCGGCCCGCAAGGACAUUGGCAACAAGAAGCGGCUGCGGGGCAACUUCUGGAUGAAGCGCCAGGAGUACAACCUGGCCAUCCAGAGCUACCGGCGGGCGCUGGAAUAUCUGGACGAAAGCGAGGGUGGCAUCACGAAGCCCACGGCCGACGGGGAAGCGGAACCGACGAACGCCGACCUGCAGGAGCUGCUCGAGGAUCGCAUGAAGGUGUACAACAAUCUGGCGCUGGCGCAGCUCAAGAUCGGUGCGAACGACGCCGCGCUCAAGUCGGUGGACCACGUGCUGCACUGCCAGCCGAGCAACACGAAGGCGCUGUUCCGGAAAGGAAAGAUUCUGCACGCCAAGGGAGAGACAAAGGAAGCGAUUGCGUUCCUCCAAAAGGCGGCCACACUUGACGAAGAUGACAAACUGAUACAAUCCGAACUUUCCAAAAUGAUUCUCAAAUCGAAACGAGAGGCCAGAAACGAAAAGGAUCUCUACCAAAAGAUGCUCGGCCACGCGCAAAAGCUGGAACAGAAGCAGAAAGCCGCGCCCGUUGCCCAGAACCAGGAAGCGUCCAAGCUGUCCUCUCUCUUUCAGUUUAAGCUGUGGGGCUAUCUGAUGGGAUCGAUUCUGAUCGGUGUCGCCGGCGUUGCCAUCUACCGGUAUAACAAGUACUUUUAAAACGGCGGUGAUUUUUUUUUUUUUGGUUUGUUUUUUGUUUCUCCCCGGGGAACGGUGACUUUUACGAGGUUUGAUUUAGAACAACAAAUUAGUAGGAGGAGGCGCAACGACGACAGCCCUGCAUGCGGCUCCACAGGCUGUUGUUGGAGAAGGAAGGUAGACACUAUUUUCACUCAUUUAACCCUUAGGAUCGCAAUAAAUGGCUAAAGAGAGAUUAGUUUUUCUUCAUAGAUCAUCUAACUAACAAGGCUAUUGUAGACCAUUUUAUCCCUUUAAAAAAAUGGUAUCGAAAGCAAAAUUAGCUCGUAGCAUGCAAACAAAAAGACAGCUUUUACAGUAUAACUAGACUUUAAACUAGACGCAAACAAAUGAAAAUAAACGAAAGAGCUUCUUGGACAAACGUUACCCAACAAACGCAAUCCGGAUUUGGUUUCUGUUUUUGUAAAGUAAACCUAAUUUUAUUCGAAAUUUGAAACUAUCCCAAAACCAUCAUCAUCCGAAACUGACGACGAUUGCUUCCGGAAACGAAGAAUGUAGCAGUUUUGUUUUGUAACUAAUGGCGUGUCUUUUUACAAUAACCUAACCGUCAGUGUAAUGUCAUUCCAACAAUCAGCAGAUCCACCACGUACGUGUAGGUAUACGCGCUGUACGAGUGAUGAAUGUGUAGAUUUUCUAUUAAUAUGAGAACAGAGCAGUGAGCAUCAAUAAAUCCAA